AUGAUUCUUGAUGAAAUUGAGAGAUACAAGGCAGCUACAAGGACCUUUGAUUUUCCUUUUGCUAUUAGAGGAAGAACAAUCAAAUCUCCAACUGCUUGGUGGAAAACAUAUAGUUCUUCAACUCCAAACCUACAAAAGUUUGCUGUAAAGGUUUUGAGUCUUACAUGUAGUGCAAGUGAUUGCGAAAGAAAUUGGAGUGUAGUUGAGUAUCUUCAUAAUAAGAAAAGAAAUCAGUUAUAUCAAAAACGCUUGGACAAUUUGGUAUAUGUGAAGUACAAUAGAGCGUUGCUAUGCCAAUACACUUUUGGGGAUAUCACAACACUUAUUGAUUUGACAAAUAUUGAUGAAAGUAAUGAGUGGUUGCUUGGUGAAUUAGAAAAAGGUGAUGGGGAUGAUGAUGAUGAUGAUGAUUCUCUUGUAUUUACGGAUGACGUGUUGACCUGGGGUGAUGUUGGUAGAGCAGCUGGAGUUUCUAAAUCUCGUUAUGAAUCGAGAUCGACUACAAGAUCAACACCGGUUGAAACUCCAUCAUUACGAAGGCCUCGUGCAAUGAGAGAUGCAUUCUCUUCGCAAGUUGAUGAUGAUGAAGAGGAGGAAGAAUUUGUGAUGGCAGCUAUUAAAAAUGAAGAUGAUUUUGGAAAUCUUAAUGAUGAGUAG